CAGCCCGUCCCGGGGUGCGCGGGGGCCGGCGGCAGCGCUCGCCCGCUGCGCUGGGACAGGCUCGGAGCUCUGGGGGACUCCGCUCCGCGGCCCCGCUCCUGCCACGACCCGCGUUGUGAUUUUUCUCUAUCUGUUUGUUUUUGGGGAGAGCCAGAGCAGGGGAGACCCCUGGUCCGAGCUUUUCACCUUUCUCUCCCUGCAGCACAGGGGAGAUGCUGGAAGCGGCGGUGAGUUCGCAGCGCCGGAGAAGGGCGGCAAGAGGCGUGUAAACUCCUGCGGUCCCCAGCGGCAGCCGCUGCCCCGCGACCCUCCGCCGGCCCCUCCUCGCCCCGCACGCCGCCGGCCUCGCCGCCCCUCGCUGCCGCCGGAGGAGGCUGCCCACCCCAGCGGCCCAGGAUGCAGUUUCGCCUCUUCUCCUUUGCCUUGAUCAUCCUGAACUGCAUGGAUUACGGCCACUGCCAGCCCGGCCGCUGGAGACGCAGCAAGAGAGCUAACUAUGGACCAAAUCCAAUUUGCAAAGGUUGCUUGUCUUGUUCAAAGGAUAAUGGGUGCAUCAGAUGCCAACACAAGUUAUUCUUCUUCCUGCGAAGAGAAGGGAUGAGACAGUACGGUGAAUGCUUGCACUCCUGCCCGUCGGGGUACUACGGACUUCGAACGCCAGAUAUGAACAGAUGUUCAAGAUGCAGAAUAGAAAACUGCGACUCCUGCUUUAGCAGAGACUUUUGUACCAAAUGCAAAACUGGUUUUUACUCACACAGAGGUCGCUGCUUUCGAGGAUGUCCUGCUGGAUUUGCAGCCUUGGAAGAGCUUAUGGAAUGUGUGGAAGGCUGUGAAGUGGGUCAAUGGAGUGAGUGGGGAACUUGCAGCAGAAAUAACAAAACAUGUGGAUUUAAGUGGGGCCUGGAAACAAGAACAAGACAAAUUGUGAAGAAGCCAGCAAAAGACACAAUACCAUGUCCAACCAUUGCAGAAUCCAGACGGUGUAAAAUGGCCAUGAGGCAUUGUCCAGGAGGGAGAAGGCCAGCAAAAACGAAGGACAAAAAAAAGAAGAAAAAGAAUUUGAUGGAAAGGGCUCAGAAGCAGCACAGCAUCUUUUUAGCAACCGAUAAAACAAGCCAGUAAAGACUUGAUUUUCUUUAAUGUAUUUUUUUGCAAAGUGCACAAAAGCUGCUAUAUGCUCCUGCCCAUGGAUGCACUACAAUUCAGCUGCUUUGACAGUAUUGGUGGCAAAUAACUUGUGAAAAUAAAGCCCACAAGCUUGUUUGUUUUAUUUAUAUAUUUUUUAUUUUAUUUUUUCCUCUCAUUUUUGACCUGAAGUCUUCAAGGUCGGGAGGGCGCUAAGCUGGAUCAGUGGAAGUGGUCCUGAAGUGCAUCAGAGAUAUUGUUCUGGUCAACAUGCUGACAAGGAAAGAAACCUACGCAGCACCAGUAGGUGGACUUGUGCAUAUUUAAAUAAAUAAGCAAAAAAGGAAGUCUUGGAGGUGUAGGUACAAUUGCAUUUAUGGCCUUUGUUUCCUAUAUUUGUACAUUUCAAGAGUAAAUGGAUAUGACUUACCUGCUUAGUGUUAAUGUACAUUGUUCUCCCACCUGCUACGUUGACACAGUUGUAUAAUAAAACUGCUUUAAGACAACGUGCUGCAGGAUUCACUGCUUAGACUCACCGAAGCACAACAGACUCUGUGUGUACAUACUACUCUGUCUACAUAUAAAUGAACAUAUUUACUGUACAUCUAUGCAUUUUUAUGUAUAAUACUUUAUACAUGUUUAAAGGUAUGUCCUGUUGGUUCUAGUAAUAUACUUUUGAAUAAUCCAGUAAAUGUUUACUUUUUGCUAUGUUUUAAGUAUCUUCUCAUGUUCCUCAAUAGCUACAAACUGGAUUUUUUUUUUCUGGAUUUGAAAAGCACACUCAUUUGCAAAACUACCUUGCACUCACAAUGGAGUGUCAGCUCUGAAGUAUAUUUGCCAGAGCAGUAAUCCACAAAUUCUUUCUGCUAUUCAGUACUUCUGUCUCAGCCCCAUAUAUUUUGUCUCAGAAAAAGAAGUUUAAUGUUUUUUAAGAUGAGGCACAAUGAUGAUAGAAGUUUUGAGUGUCAGGAGAGAAAUUAAUUGUAAAGUUCUUGGUAUCUAAGACUGUAUGUGUAGGUUUUUUUUGUUGUUUUGUUUUUUUUUCCAAUGUAAUGCACAGUGUUUUAUUUCAGUUAGUCCUGAUGCGGUCAGAUAAGAACAAAAAUACCUGAAUAAGGACGAAUCAAAAUAAAAGUCAUGUGAAGUCAACCAUUCAAAAGUAUAGAAAACACCAAUGUCCCACUAUUGCCAAUUAUUUGUAGAAGCUUAACAAAUUUAUUCUGCAGCUGUUGUUUGCUUUGUGACAUUUUUUCAGGGGAAGAGGUGGAGGCAGUUUUCUGUGUAGGACAUUAAAAUCACUCAGGAUAUGUAAUUUGGUAAUCUAGAAUUAUUUGGCUAUCAUUCAAGGUGAUUUUUGGAUACCCGACAGGGAAAGCAUACACUAAAUGCAUGUUGUGUAAGCUGACACUUAAGAAAAGAAAAAUUAUUUCACUUUUAGAGCUGAAAAUUGCAUAUGACCUACACAAAAAAAUGAAACAGCAAAACAGACCCCAGACAUCCACAUACCUCUUUUUGACAUAUACUUUAGAAAAAUCCCACAAAUACCAGUUUUAUGGGUUACAUGCUUUUCAAAUAAACUAGGAAAAUAAAGCAUCUAUAAGCACAAAUAUAUCUGUGUUUAGCUAUGACAAGUGUUACUACCAAAAUGUGCAGUAGUUAGACACAUAUGAAUGUUCCAUCAAACUGCCUGUGGACUUCCACUCAACUGUGAGGUUUUCACUGUAUGUUCAUAUUCACCUAGAACAUAAUAAUGUUACAGAUAGCAAGAUUGUUCUAAUGCUGGGAUGCGAUUUUGGACAUAAAAUGCUCACUUCAAAAAAAACAACAGAAAAAAGACAAGAAGAACUGUAGCUGUCUGUUUGCUUAUUGGUUAUCAGAUUUGGCUGUAAGUGCAGUUAAUGCCCUCAUACAAACCUUUCAGUAGUGGUUACAAAUAUUGUAUUAGGCAUGUCAUGGAAAGAAUGCUACAAAAUACAAUAAAAUGAUGUCACAA